AUGCAGGAGCCGCUGCUGGGCGCCGAGGGCCCGGACUAUGACACGUUCCCCGAGAAGCCGCCCCCGUCGCCCGGGGAGAGGACGCGGGUCGGCGCCCUGCAGAACAAGUGGGUGUUCCUGGCCACCUUCGCCGCGGUGCUGGGCAACUUCAGCUUCGGCUACGCCCUGGUCUACACAUCCCCCGUCAUCCCGGCCCUGGAGCACUCCUCGGACCCAAGCCUCAGCCUCACCCAAACCCAGGCAACCUGGUUCGGGUCUGUAUUCACCCUGGGCGCCGCGGCGGGCGGCCUCAGCGCCAUGGUCCUCAACGACCUGCUGGGCCGGAAGCUGAGCAUCAUGUUCUCGGCCGUGCCCUCGGUGGCCGGCUACGCGCUCAUGGCGGGCGCCCGCGCCUUCUGGAUGCUGCUGCUGGGGAGGACGCUGACGGGCUUCGCCGGAGGGCUCACGGCCGCCUGCAUCCCGGUGUACCUGUCGGAGAUCGCUCCCCCUGGCGUCCGCGGGGCCCUGGGGGCCACGCCCCAGCUCAUGGCCGUGUUCGGGUCGAUGUCUCUCUACGCACUCGGCCUCCUGCUGCCGUGGCGCUGGCUGGCCGUGGCCGGCGAGGGGCCCGUGGUCGUCAUGGUGCUGCUGCUCAGCUUCAUGCCCAACUCGCCGCGCUUCCUGCUGUCACGCGGCCGGGACGCCGAGGCGCUGCGGGCGCUGGCCUGGCUGCGCGGGGCCCAGGCCGACAUCCGCUGGGAGUUCCAGCAGAUUCAGGACAACGUGCGGAGACAGAGCAGCCGCGUGUCCUGGGCGGAGAUCCGGGAGCCCCACGUGUACCGCCCCGUGGCCAUCGCCGUGCUCAUGCGCUUCCUGCAGCAGCUGACGGGCAUCACGCCCGUGCUGGUCUACCUGCAGUCCAUCUUCACCAGCACCGCCGUCCUGCUGCCCCCCCAGGAUGACGCCGCCAUUGUGGGCGCCGUGAGGCUCUUUGCAGUGAUGAUUGCGGCCCUCACCAUGGACCGGGCCGGCCGCAAGGUCCUGCUCUUCGUCUCCGCCUCCAUCAUGUUUGUGGCCAACCUCACGCUGGGGCUGUACAUCAGCCUCGUCCCCAAGCACGGGACCCCCAACACCACCGCGGGCCUCGAGAGCGUGCCCACGGGGGGCGCAGCACAGCCCCUGGCCGCGCCCACCAGCCUCCUCACCCUGGUGCCCCUGCUGGCCACCAUGCUCUUCAUCACGGGCUACGCCAUGGGCUGGGGGCCCAUCACCUGGCUCCUCAUGUCUGAGAUCCUGCCGCUGCGGGCCCGCGGCGUGGCCUCGGGGCUCUGUGUGCUGGUCAGCUGGCUGACCGCCUUCGCCCUCACCGAGUCCUUCCUGCUGGUGGUGGACGCCUUCAGCCUGCAGGUGCCCUUCUUCUUCUUCGCCGCCAUCUGCCUGCUGAAUCUGGUGUUCACCGGCUGCUGCGUGCCCGAGACCAAGGGCCGCUCACUGGAGCAGAUCGAGUCCUUCUUCCGGACGGGGAGGAGGUCCUUCCUGCAGUAG